UCCAAUAAUGGCUUCGAGUCCUCGAGGGGGAAGCCUCCCUUCUCCAAGCUAUUGGCAGAGCGCACUGUCUUUUAUGUGGCACGGUGCUGAGUGCGCAACGCGAUAGUAGGAAAAGAGAUGGACGGCGUCGCCUCUUUCUCAUCCCGCAACCCCCCUCCUCCCCUCCCCUCGUGCGUGUGUGUCUGGGUAACCCGGCGGGUCACGUGUUGUUUUUCUCUUUAGCUGAGGCGCGCAAAGCCCAAGAAGUUACUCGCCGCGUCCGUGGUCCUGAAACGGGAGGAGCUUGCUCACUGCUAGCCAGGCGAGAGAGAAAGCGCGCACGCGUGCGGGGAAGCGAGCGAGCUGAGACGAUCUAGGUGUCAGGGAGAGCUGCGGCGAGCCCCGGAGGCUCGGAAGAAGCCCUCUUCGGAGUCGCCGUCCUGGGCUGGGGGAUGGCGAGCCCCCCUGUGCCGGAGUACCCUCGCCGCCCCUCGGCCGCCCCCAACCUUAACAACAACAACAACAACCACCAGCAGCAGCAGCAGCAGCAGCCACCGCAGGAGCAGCAGCAGGAGCAGCCUCUAGGCGUGCGCAAGUGGGGCUACCUGCGCAAGCACAAGCACGGCCACAAGCGCUUCUUCGUGCUUCGAGCCCCCUGCCCCGGCGUGGGAGGGGCGGAGGCGUCGCUGCAGCCCGCCCGCCUGGAAUACUAUGACAGCGAGAAGAAGUGGCGGAGCAAGGCGGCGGCGCCCAAGCGCAGCAUCGCGCUCGACUCGAGCCUGAACAUCCACAAGCGGGCCGACGCCAAGCACAAGCACCUCAUCGCGCUCUACACGCGCGACGAGUACUUCGCCCUGGCGGCCGAGAGCGAGCAGGAGCAGGACGGCUGGUACCAGGCGCUGACGGAGCUGCUCGGCGAGAGCCAGGCGGGCGCGCAGCCGCUCCUCCCGGAAGCCUCCUGCGGCGAGGACUUCGGCUACGGGCCGCUGGGCGGCGGGCCGUCGGCGCCGAGCGCCGCAGCCUACCGAGAGGUGUGGCAGGUGACGCUGAAGCCCAAGGGCCUGGGGCAGAGCCGCAACCUGACGGGCGUGCACCGGCUGUGCCUGGCUGCGCGCACCGUCGGGCUGGUGCGCCUCAACUGCGAGCGGCCCUGCGUGACGCUGCAGCUCAUGAAUAUCCGCCGCUGCGGCCACUCGGACAGCUUCUUCUUCAUGGAGCUCGGCCGCUCGGCGUCCACAGGGCCCGGCGAGCUCUGGAUGCAGGCCGACGACUCGGUGGUGGCGCAGAACAUCCACGAGACCAUCCUGGAGGCCAUGAAAGCCUUGCGGGAGCUGGCCGAGUUCCGCCCGCGCAGCAAGAGCCAGUCCUCGUCCUCCUCGUCUUCGGGAGGCGCUCCUGCCGCUGGCGCGGGCUUCGUGGCGAUGUGCAGCCGGCCGAUCUCGGUGCCGGGCCGCCGCCAUCACCACCCGCUGAUGCUGCCCCCCAGCCAGACCGGCCUCCUCCGCCGAUCACGCACUGACACCCUGGCGGUGGCUGGCGGUAGCAUCAACAGUCGGGCACGGACGGCGAGCGAGGGAGAUGGGUGCAGAGCUGGCUCGCUGGCUGGCAGCCCUCUGAGCCCGGAUGCCGGAGGCCCCUCGCAGACGCUCGGGGUUGCUUGUGGCCGGCAGGGUGGCCAGCCGGCGAUGCAGACAGGCCGCUCCCUAGCCUUAGGGCACUCGCCUUCCUUGGUUUCCAAGCUGGCCAUGGAAUCUGGUCUACUCCCCCAGCGCCUUUCCAGUGGCAGCAUUUCUGUGGCUGGCUCCCCCGGCGAUCCUGCUGGUUUCAUGGCCUUUGAGGAUUUGGGCUCCAGCCCAGGUGGGGAUCCACUGCCCUUCUCCUCUUCCUUAACAGCAGGCAACCAUAGCAGCACACCAGAGACCCCUCCAGGCCAGCAGGCUGUGGAGCGGGGACGCCUUUGCUACCGGCCCUACCUAUGGGAGACUACAGGAGCAGACAAGGUCCUCCGAAAGCGCACUUACUCUUUGACAGCACCAGUGCACCAGCGCCCUUUGCCGCCUCCUGUUUCCUCAGCCUCCUUGGACGAGUAUACGCUCAUGCGAGCCACCUGCACCACAACAGGGGCCUCUCCAAGGGCAACCUACACCCCUUACCCUGAGGAUUACUGUGAUGUGGAGAUUGGCUCUGGGGGCACCAGCAGCAGUAGCAGCUCACAUCUGGGUGGCAGUGGCGGUGGGGAGCAGGUCUAUAUGCCUAUGAGCCCCGGGAUAGCAUCUGCGCUGCCAGUACAGGGUGGUCUUGAUGGCUACAUGCCUAUGGGUCCCACCAGGGUGUCAGCCCCACAGCAGAUUUUGCAACCUCGCUCCUGCAAGAUCAGCAGCGAGUGUUCCCCAGAUGACAGCAGCUAUAUGUGCAUGUGGGGUACUGGUACCAGACUGUCUGGGGAAAGUCCUGAUGGGAGAUUGAGCCAUGGCGACUAUAUCAACAUGUCCCCCUUGUUGUUGCCUCCUUUACAUGGAUCUUCCAUCACUUCUGCCCCCCCACCGGUGCCCUCUCCUAAUGGCUUAAGUGCCCUGGGGCCUGGGGACCGGUCCAACUACUUUUAUAGGCCACUGCCCUAUGCCUGCCAGAGCCAGACAAGCCCUCUGGGCGAGAAGGACAACAGUGACCAGUAUGUGCUUAUGAACUCACCAGCAGGAAGAUUAAUCAACACCCCCAAAGGGAAGGCUUUCUCUGCCGCCUGCAAUCACACAGCCGUGCCUUCGCCCAUGUACCAGAGUUGGACUGAGAGCUCCCUCAGCCAUCGGGCCACUGGUGCUCAGCCCAGUCACCUUUCCCUAGAGCUGUUGCUGCUCCCCCCUAGCAUGAACACACACUCCCUUCCACAUGAACCUCAAAGUCCCAGCGGGGAGUACGUCAACAUUGGUUACUCACUGGCAUCGGCCUGUGACAGCUCAGCCUCCUCACCUGGUUCUGGCUUAGGUGGAAGGCACAGCCCCCCGAUCUCCAAUUACAUGAAUCUCAACUUUGAUGAAUCACAAUCGGGUGCCAUCUCAGUGGGGUCUUUGGAUGAAGUGCUUUUGCCAGGAUCCCGCCCAAAUCCUGGGCAGUCGUCUGAACAUUAUCUAAAGGUUGGAGAAGGGUUGGCGUGCUUUUCGAGCCCAUCUUCUGAGGCAGGUGACUAUAGUGAGAUGGAUUUCAGAAAAGCCACUACCCCAUCCCAGUUCAUUUCACAGAAGCCAGAAAGUGCUCGUGCAACUAGUCCUGUUGCUGCCUUAAAGCGACUUACACUUGCUGGGGUGGAGGCCUUUGUUUUUGCUAACCCCCUCCCUGAUCCCAACCGUGGAGCCAAAGUCAUCCGUGCUGAUCCUCAGGGGCGCCGGAGGCAUAGUUCAGAAACUUUCUCUUCCACUGCCACAGUAACCCCUGUGUCUCCUUCCUUUGCACACAAUCCCAAGCGACACAAUUCUGCCUCUGUGGAAAAUGUGUCUCUCAGGAAAAAUGAAGGGUUGCUGGAGGAGCAGAACAGCAGCCCUAUGUGCCGAGAGACCUCAGCUGGCUUCCAGAAUGGCCUCAACUACAUUGCUCUUGAUGUGGUGGAAGGAGAUCAUCUGGCAGAUGACGACCAAGGCGAGCACAAAGGCAGGCAUUCCCUAAAUGGAAAUAUCAAUGGCCCUUAUACCAGUAGAGAUUUCCUGACCCACAACCUGAAAGAAGCAACUUCAGUGAAAGUUUGUUAGCGGCAUUGCCAUGUUCAUCCCCGGAACGAGACACAGUCGAACGGGAGGAAAAAAACCCAAUUUUACCACUAUGACCCUUGAGUCCAACAUUUUAUAAAAGCUGCUGGGUAGAACUUUUUUAAAAAAAUCUAAAUCUUAAGUUGCAUUAAGAUCUGGUUUUUUUUCUGUUGAUGUAGCUUUCAGAACAGUUCUCCCUUAGUCUGGAGAGGAAGUAACCUGUCUGAUUCACAGGGAUGUAUCGCAACAUUGUGCUGCUGUUUGCAUAAGUUAUGCUCAAGAUUACAUCCUUUAAGACUUCGGACCUCUUCAGUGGGCUGAUCGAUUAUACACACGGCCAUCACCUUUUUGUCACAGACGAUCUGUAUUUAUUCUUCAGCAUGUUAGGGGAUUCUGCUUGCACCUGCUACAGCAGUAAAAUUGGGUGUUUACUGUUAUCCUUUUGAACUUCCUACAGCACUACCUCAGUUAAAAGUGAAACUGGAUUUGUAUUGCUGGUGUACAAUAGCUGGCUUCUCCUUGAUCUCUGAGCUGGGUGUUGUACGGUCAUCAGCCUUAUUGAACCUAUCAAGAAUCCUGCUGCUGGCUGGUUGAUUCUCAGUCUGCAUUUACUUAUCAGGCAAGACACCAGAUAGGAGUGAAACCAUUUAAGCCAAGGUGAAACUUGGUGGAUCAGACUUAUCGACAUAUUUAUAAUAGUUAUAAAAUAUGUAAUAGAAGUAACAGAACUUAAUAAUCAUUAACCUGUAUUAGGAUAUCAUUCUUUACUUCUAACACAUUUGUAUAAUCAUAUCUGUUUAGCAUUUUAACUACAUCAGAUUGCAAAGGCCUCCUAUUUGUAUGCUUACAUUUAUCAGAUAACUUUGACCUUAGCGACAUUUCUUGUAAUUAAAACCCCCGCCAACAUGCUAGAAAUGCAGGGAUAAUAAUGGGGGGGUGGAGGUGAGUAGAUUGAUAACAAUAUUCUGAGCAGAAUACUUCGUGUCUUUCAACAACGCCUAAUAGUUUUUCUGUCAGCAAUCAAAUCUAUAAAGGCAGCAUAAAAUUUGUGGAGAGAAAGGGGAAGAAGUAAACUUUGGACAUUCUCCUAGAAAUUCUUGACAACUACAUAGUAUUUUGAAAAUAACAGUGUCAUGGCUUUUUUGCAUAUGUCACCCCCAAUUGCACCAUAAUGGGGAAUGUUUCGUUGCUCCUAAUCUGUAUUUGAUUAAUGAGGCUUUAAAAAAAUUGUUUCAAGGGUACCUCCACUGAGCCUUGUCUGGGUCAUCAUAUACAUGUAUUUUUCUCUUGAGAAUUCUCUGUAUUAAGUGAUGAACUUCUACAUCAUUAGAAACAAUGCAUUAGGUAUUUGAUGGAGACAAAGAAGCCAGUGUCUUAUUACUCAAAAAUGCAAUGCAAAGUCUUCAUGCUUUCAUGCUGAGCAUUGGGACAGAGGAUUGUAUCACAAGACAAAUGUGAAUGUAAUCUCCACCCACUUAGUGUUCCUUUCAGGGCACGGGAGGGGAAUAUGCUUAUGCAUAUGCUGAUAAAAUUAUUGAAGUAACAUAAAUUUAAGUGUCAUUCAUACUUGUUUUGUUACAUACCCCACCUUCUGUCUAAAUACAUAUAUAGCAAAGAUGAUAGCUUAUGAUGUCCCCAGCUAAUGGGAGCACUGUGUGGCAAUUGCUGAAACCAAAAUAUAACCUUCAAUUUAUGGAAAACACUCUUGAUUCCUAAUAUCAUAAUAAGUUUGGUCAUCCGGCAUAUUAAAAAAAAAUGGAGCUUGAAUGCAUACCAUGUUCCCUUCUCAUACCAUACAUUUCACAAUAGGCAUAUGCAAAUAUUUGUGUUCUUACUUUAGUUUACAAUAUGGAACCAAAAUGUAUAAAUGCUAAGUUUGCUAAAACUUUGCAAUAUAUAGGAAUCUUUGUACAUUUUGCCUGAUUUACCCUGAAUUUUAAAAUAUUUUUUGCUAUGUAACAUGAACGGUUAAUAAGCAGUGUUUUCUUUUUGGAUACAUAAUUGUUUCUGUAUAUCAAAAUGUUAAAUAUAUAUUUCUUGCUAUUGUGAUACGACAAGAGACUUAACUUAUCUUGCUGUGUCUUCCAAUGUACACUCUGUAUAUAGGAGUAUUCAGCGAUGCUGCUGGGAAUGAGAUCGUGUGGAACUAGAGUAGUAUAAUGUAUUUAGUCUGUAUUGAUUCUGGCUGCUCUCCUUAAUAGCCAUAUGCAAUAAAAUGUUAUUUAUUAAAGGAAUACAAUCUUUGAGGACCUGUUCUUCGUAGAGGUUUUGUUUAUCACAUUAUUUUGUUAUUUAUAAAGAUAGCUUUCUAUGAAUAAAUUUUACUAGUGGGUAAAUAUUAA